AUGAGACUGUUCGCAGUGAUUUUCUGGCUCGGCUUGGCUUUUAGCCUGGCGAUUGCCAAGAACCCAAGUCCCGAGACGGGCAGGCUGAUAGCCGCUCUCCAACCAGCUCCGGCUCCGGCACCAGCACAAAGUGUGAUCUACAAACUGCCACCGCAGCACUAUUACCCGCCACCACCGGCUCCCCCGCCUCCUCCACCGCAGCACUGCAGCUGUCCACCGGGACCACCAGGACCUCCGGGCCCUCCUGGCCUACCAGGAAUACCUGGACAGCAGGGUUCCAAGGGGCACAGUGGGGCUAAGGGUGAACGGGGCGAGAAGGGCGAGCGAGGUCAUUACGGAUUACCAGGGCUCCCGGGACCUGUCGGACCACCAGGAAUACCCGGACCACCUGGUCACAAAUCUAGAAAUGAUCACCACGAUCACGAUCAUGGUCAUCAUCACCACCACCACUCACCCACACCUCCGCCUCCACCACCACCACCGCCACCUCCACCGCCACCAGCGCACCCAUCGCAUCAUCACCACCACCCACAACCACCCAUUAUUCCUCCUCCAAUUAUAUUUCCCAUUCCUGUCCCAACCCCUGAAAAGGGUGGUCACCACAAAGGAUCCAAGGGCCCUCCUGGACCGCCAGGUCCACCGGGUUCGGGACCUCCUGGACCACCUGGACCCCCAGGCAGCACAUAUCCCCCUCCACCUCCCCCGCCACCAGCAUCGUACCCACCGUACCCACCAUAUCCGUACCCCCCACCAGGACCAUAUCCAGGACCCUAUCCAGGACCAUAUCCAGGACCAGGAUCUCAAUUUCCUUGGAUUCCCGUGCCAAUACCAUGGCCAACAGGACACAAGGGAGACAAGGGUCAUAAAGGCGGAGACAAGGGAGACAAGGGCGGACACCAUCAUCACUACUAUCCACCAGGACACGAUAAGGGCGGUCAUUAUCCGUAUCCACCCCACAAUGGCGGGCAUGGAGGCCACAAUCAACCAGGGCCUUAUCCGCCGCCUUACCCACCACACUAUCCGCACGAUGGCUGGGACAAGGGACAUCAUCACCAUCACCAUCCCUCCCACAACAACGGUGGGCAUGAGCACCACCAUCAUCCCUCGCACAAUAACGGAGGCCAUAACCACAAUCAUCCCUCCCAUCAUCACGGCGGUGGAGAUGACGGGCACAACCAUCAUCCUCCCCCGCACAAUCACGGAGGCCAUAGCCACCACCAUUCCUCCCAUCACAGCGGAGACGGAGGACACAGUUCACCGUCCCAUCAUCACCCCUGGCAUAAUGGAACUCAUCAUUCACCAAAACCCCACAAACCAGAGGGCGGUGGAGAGCAAGUCCCCCGCGUUGAUCUGGACUUCCUGGAUGAAGAGGUAGAGAUCGUCGCGAACAUUAUCGAUGAUAAUGACUUCAUGGAGGGCGAGGAAGAAACACCCUAUGAGUCUUCUGAUUCGGAAACGGAACCCGAUAAUGCAGGCUAUAUUGGCUAUAUAGACAACACCGUGGACAAUAUGUCAUCUCUCGAUUCCGCUGAAGAAGCUAAUGAGGAGAAUACAAAUUUUGCUGCUGAAAACUAUGUAGGACAAGGCGUUGAUGAAGAAGCCAUAGAAGAACAGCCUGAUACGGAGGAUCAGGUGGGAACUUUCAUGGAGGAUAACGCUUUCGAUGGCGAUGCAAUCGAGGAGCGAUCCAAUAAAAGUCCCAUUAUCCUGGCCAUUGGAACUCCUAGAAACCCGUUUCACAUUUAUGCCUAUGAACAGGGCCUCAUCAUGAGGUUGCUCGCGGUUCUGCUGUUAUCAGCCAUAUCUACUUACUGCGAUGGAUCUUGGUCUUUAAGCCCAGUUCAGCCAGUUAGAACAGAUUCUCGACCAAAAGCGAAGAAACCACAUUACAAAAACUAUGACCUGUACUAUUACAGUCCUGAAACGAUAGGUUCUUCUAUUUACUUUGGAUCUCAGUCAAAUUGUCAGUGCCGUCCAGGACCUCCAGGACCUCCGGGUCCACCAGGAGUACCUGGCCUUUCAGGUGAGGAAGGUGCGCCGGGUGAAAAAGGAGAUCGUGGAGAAAGUGGCGAACGUGGAAGAAGGGGCAGACCGGGUUAUCCUGGCUUUCCCGGGCCCAUUGGCCCACCAGGUUCUCCAGGAAAGUACUCUGAACAUCGCCAGAAGCAACGUCCAACAAUCAUUUACCUACCAGCAAUUACUGAGGUCAAACCGCCCAAAAAUGAAACCACAACGGGCAGUUCAAGCAAUGAAAACCCACCAUCAAAACCCGAUAACAGAAAGGCCAUUAAAAAAGCAACCAAACCUAAGGCACCGCAGCCUUUUCGGGCAAAUUCCAAUCAAAUUAAGGUUCUAAAAACUAGUUCGCAACUGACCCAAAACCACAAAAACCCUAACCGCAAAAAAACAAUUGCUUCCCCUUUUUCCAAUCGCAAAAGAAUCAAUCUGAACAACAGAAUAAACACAUCAAAUAAGAACAGAAGAACAGUGACUAAUUCCCAAAAACACAGACCAAAUGUGUUAGUUGAUCAACAGAUAAGUAAACGAAAGGUAAUUAAAACUACAAGUACAACAAACAAAACUAACUCGAGCACUUUAAAUCGUCGGCCAUUUACUUCCAAAAACAAGGGAACAGCGAUAAUCGAGAAACCCAGUUUAGCAAAUGCAAAUACUAUCAUGAAUUUGAACAUCAGCCAAGUCGCACCGCAGCAAAAGAAAAACGUAAGCAAUAGUGAUGUAAAAAUAAGUAAAAUAAACUCCACAGUAAAUCAGACAAUACUAAAUGAUGAACCAGUCCACGAUGAAAAAACAACAGUAGCGAAUUUAAUUCAUAAAGAUGUUACUUCUAUUGAAUCAGAAAUAGUUCAAGCCAAUUCAGAGAAAGCCAAUACUACUGCAGUUGAUGGUUCCUUGCAGAAGACCAUAAUUUAUACUGACAAUAACAAAAUAGAACCGGAAAGUCAAGAUCUUAAGGUAUUAACCACAGUUCCCGAAGAUAUGGAUACAACAACUAUUCAAAUAGAAACCGGAAAGAUUGAGAAAAUGGAGGAAUUCGAAACAAGAGAAAAAGCAAUACCGGAGUUAGAAAAAAAAUUAACUACAAUGGAAGCAGAGAUAUUUCAAACAAAUUCGGAGAAUGCCAGUAUUACUACAGAUGAAGAUUCCUCAGUAAAAAACAUAACUUUUCCUGACAAUAACAAAACAGAACAGGAAAGUCAAGAUCGUAACGUAUUAACCACAGUACCUGAAGAGACAACUGUUGAUAUGGAUACUACAACAAUUCAAAUAGAAACCGGAAAGAUUGAGAAAAUUAAAGAAGUCGAAACAACGGAAAAAUCAAUACCGGAGUUGGAAAAAAUUUCAACGCAAAUUUUAGAACAAGGAACCACAGAUUAUACCUUCAAGGUGGAUGAGAGUACCAAAAAUGUCAUUACAUUGAAACCUUUAUUAAGCACCGAUGAUUCGGGGACCACUUUAACAGAGAAAACAGAAAUUACAACACUUUUACCAAUCGAAAUAUCAACAAAUGAUUUAGAAAACCAAGAAGCAGACUCAACAACCGAUGAACCAGUAACUUUCAACCCAGAAACGACAGAAACACCAACCACAGUGGGCGACAAUGUCGUUCAACAAGAUCGCAUGUUAUCUUCCACUUCAGAAGAAUCCGAAUUCGGUAUUCCGGUAUCUAUACUAAUUCAAACUAGGUCCGAGUCGAUGGAAACUACUACACAAACAAAUGUAAAUGUGGUUUAAGUUAAAGAGUCUGAUUAAAUUAUGUUUA